GAGGGAGCUCCGGCAGCGGCACAGGAGAUAAACGGCGGGGAAUCCCUCACUGCUGCCCUCCUUCCCUUGCCCCGAGCCCUGCUCCCCGAUGACGCUGAACCGCGGAGACAAGGUGCGGUGCCUGGAGAGGCGGCGGGGCAGCACGCCGUUCGCGCAGCCCCUGCACCGCCGCAGCAUGCCCGUGGACGAGCGCGACCUGCGCUCCGCCGAGCCCCAGGGCUUGGUGCGCUGCACCUCCUACAGCCCCGGCGGCGAGCACCGCGACAGCUGGGCCUCCGACUCCUCCGACUCCGUCAUCUCCUCGGGCAGCGACUCCGACAGCAGCCUCUACAAGGUGAUCCUGCUGGGCGAGCACGGCGUGGGCAAGACCAGCCUGGCGCGCAUCUUUGGCGGCGUGGAGGAUGGAGCGGACGCGGACGAGGCCGGAAAUACGUACGACAGAUCAAUUAUAGUCGAUGGAGAAGAAGCGUCUCUCGUGGUGUUUGAUAUAUGGGAGCAGGUACUUAACAGCUUUUUCUUUGUUUUUCCUCUAUGGCUUGGUCCGUGGGCACUUUUUGUACUUAAAGCCGGUUGUUUGUUUGUUUUUUGUUGUUGUUUUUCUGCCGUAUAUAAUGAAGAGAAAAAGUCUAAUCUCCACUCAUGUUGCCUCUUCUCUUGCCCUGCAGAGGGACGGGCCUGUGCUGUGGUGUUUGACUGUAAAUUCAUCGAGACCUCAGCCGCUCUUCACCACAACGUGAAGGACCUGUUCGAGGGCAUCGUGCGGCAGAUCAGGCUGCGCAAGGACAGCAAGGAGGACAAUGCCAGGAGGAUGGCCAACACCAAGAGGAGGGAGAGCAUAGGCAAAAAGGCCAAGCGGUUCCUCGGGAGGAUUGUGGCAAAGAACAACAAGAAGAUGGCUUUCAAGGCAAAAUCAAAGUCCUGCCACGACUUAUCUGUGCUAUAGGAGCCCUCAGCAAGGCUGGAUGCUGCAGGUGAUGAACGAACCUUGGACUGUUAUGAGAAGUGUGUAGAUGAUCCUCGUGGUGAUAACAAGAAUGACUCAUCCCUUGAGACUCUCAUUAAUGCCUUAAGGUGCUCAAGCAAGCCUGGAAGUUACACCACAAUGCUUCACUGAUAAACGGUUUAAGUUUCAAUGUGUGCAAGUCAAUGAACUAACUCGAAAUGUGUGGCUCGGCGUGCCCACAUUUUCACUGUGUACAUACGUUCUAUAUCCUCUUGUCCUGUGGAUACCAGAGAUGCAAAGAUAAGGAAGGAUAAUAAGUAUCUCACCAUAGACUUGUCUUGUUUGCAGAGCAAAACUUCAACUUGUACGCAGGCUCGUACACUCUUUUUAGUAUAAUGCAAGCAAUGAUAAAUCUUUUUAAACUUCAGUGUGGGGAGGAGGGGGUACAACCACACCAGAAGGGGAGAAAACAAAUUAUAUAUAUAUUUAAAUACAGAACAGAUAUCAUUUUACGAAGUUAAUUUGCACUUCCAUUAACUGUUAUUCAAUGAAUUGGUUACUUGUUUACAUGCAGAUUUUAUAAUAAAGUAUUAUUUCCUGUUAUAAUAAACUGUGCUUUUCUCAUAGUAUGGGUAAAGAAUGAGAGGGCAGUGUUUUUAUACUGAGCUUUUUCAGUGUACAAAACAUUAUACACAGACUAUGCAGAUUUACCUGUGAUGAAGUUCUAGAACGAGAUGAA